GAGAGAGAGAAUGGCGUAUAGCGGAGUAGAGGGGAAGACGCUGGAGUUUACGCCGUCGUGGGUGGUGGCUCUAGUUUGCUUCAGUAUAGUCCUGAUUUCUCUUGCUGUCGAUAAAUUCCUACAGUGUGUUGGCCAGCUUUUAAACAAGUCUGAAUGGAAGACGCUUGUCGGUGCCUUUCGAAAGAUCAAAGAAGAGUUGAUGCUGCUGGGGUUCAUAUCGCUGCUCCUGGCGGUGUUCCAAACUAGAAUAGAGAAGAUCUGCAUACCGGAGAGGCUUGCCAACGUGUGGCUUCCUUGCAAGAAGCUCGAAUCUUCUUCCACCACAGCCCUUUUCACUAAUUUCUUUCGGUCCAGUGAAACGCGAGGACGCCGCCUCCUCGUCGAGACUUCUCCUUCAACUGAUUUCUGCGCUGAAAAGGGGAAGGUGCCAUUGCUGACGGCUGAAGCUCUCCAUCACUUGGACAUCUUCAUAUUUGUGCUAGGUACCUUCCACGUGAUUCUAUGUGUGAUCAAGAUAGUGCUUGGAUACGAAAAGAUACAUCAAUGGAACAAAUUGGCCAAUCAUGAUGACUAUCACAAACUGCAACAAGAAUUACUAGAGGAGCAGAAAGACCGAGGUUGUCUCGCUAACCUAGGAAAAAAAUCGAAAGGGCUUGGCUGGAUGUGUUCGUUUUUCAAGCAGUUUUAUCCUUCUGUGACCAAAUUCGAGUAUCUCGCGCUUCGUUUGAAUUUCAUGGCACGCGAUGUCGAUAAGCCGAGGGAAGAUUUUCAGUCUUCUCCACAGGCACGCGAUUCGCAUCAGCCGAAGGAAGAAUUUCAGAACUCCAUAAUCGAUGUCGUGAGAAAGGAUUUUGAGAAAAUUGUUGGAAUCGGUUGGUACUUGUGGAUAUUUGCAGUGAUCUUUCUGCUGGUGAAUGUGGCAGGAUGGCAUGCGUACUUUUGGAUAUCUUUCAUUCCGUUGACUCUUUUGCUCAUUGCCGGCACCAUACUGGAGCGUAUGAUAACACGACUUGCAGAAGAGGUCGCCCAAAAAAAGAGCGAAAAGGAGGUUGUCAAAUUUCGAAGGGGUUAUUUCUGGUUCCGUAAGCAUCAAUUCGUCCUCCACUUGAUUCACAUCGUGCUAUUUCAGAACUCCCUAGAGCUUAUCUUCUUCUUUUUUGUAUUGUUCCAAUAUGAUUUUCACUCCUGCAUCAUGGGAAGGGCUGGUUUUGCUGUCUCAAGAAUAGUAAUCGGAGCCUUUGUCCAGUUCAUGUGCAUCUACAGAACGCUACCCCUAUACGCAAUUAUGAAGUCACAGUGUCGAGAUAUUCAUUCGGGCAAGAACCACUCCAGCGAAGAGGAAGACAUGUGGAUUGUGACCCAGAUUUGGAACUGGUAUAAUGGAAGGAAAUCAAAGAGGGUGGCCACAAAUGAAUGCGCCGAAAAUGGUUCCAGACAUAGGUCUGCAGGAACAACCGAGCAGAUGAAAGGUGGUGAAGUGGAAUUAGAGACCAAAGCAGACAUCGAAGCGCCAGCAAUCCGAGAAUGUACAUCAGAGGCGAAAAACAAUUGAGAGCUGAAAUGGAUUUAGUCCAAACAUGUUUCCUUCUAUUUUUUCCGUUGGCAUUACGCUACAUGUACACAUGACGAGAGCAAGUCUCUUCGGACAAUCAUCCUUUUUUAUCUCAAUUCAUACUGCUUAACUAUUUUGGUCAUCAUCUUUGAGGCUACUCUGAUUUGGACGAUUUGAGUGAUGACAG